AUGUCAAAAGAACCUAGCACUAGCAAGGAGAAACGGAAGAAUUUGCGUAAAGACGACGGUUCUAAAAUACUCAAAGUCCUGACAUUAUAUGAAUACCUCAUCAAACUUCCAGAAGCCGUUCAAGAUCGGCUAUACAGUCAUCCGCCGACUUGCCUAACAGUGUUUAGAGUGUUACCUGACAUUACUCAGCAGUUCACUUUACGUAUAUUGUUCAUCGAACAGCCAGUACCGCAAUCAGUUCUUUCAUCCUGGGUACCUGCCAAUUAUUCCCGUGAACUUGACGAAUCUAUAGAGGUAGCCACCAAUUUACACAUAUGGAAAUUAACCAGUGUAUCUGGCGGCCUCAAGGGAUGGAUUCUAAAUUCUACGUUCAAGAAGAAACUCAAAGUGGCCCUUAUGGGCGGUGGCCGUUCUACGGUACCCAACAGCGAUAUGACGGCUGAUCCAAAAGCAAGAGAUAUAGACUUUUUAGAUUCAUAUGCGUAUGAACGGUGGGAAUGCAUAUUACAUUAUAUGGUUGGUUCUAAACAUGAAGGUAUAUCAUCAGAUGCAGUCAGAGUGUUACUAAAUGCAGGUCUUAUGGUCAGAGACACGGAUGAUAGUCCAGUUAUUACAUCGACGGGAUUUCAGUUUCUACUGCUGGACAUGGCCACUCAAGUAUGGUAUUUCAUGCUCCGCUAUAUGGAAACAGUUGAAUCGAGGGGUCUUGAUCUUGCUCAAUGUCUGACAUUCCUGUUCCAAAUACAUCUUGGUACUUUAGGAUGGGAUUAUAUAACAGAUGAAAUGUCUGAAAACCUUCAAGCAUUUUUACAACAUCUUCGAGAAUUUGGAUUAGUUUACCAAAGGAAACGUAAAGCUGGACGUUUUUAUCCUACUCGAUUAGUAAUUGAAAUGGGGCAAGGAAAUAGCCGUACUUCAGAACGAAUGAAAAAUAAAGAACGUUAUAUAGUUGUAGAAACCAAUUUUCGGAUUUAUGCUAUGACUGAUUCUGAUCUAAAAGUUGCCUUAGUUGCAUUAUUUACUCAUAUGCUAUACAGAUUUCCAAACAUGUCCGCUGGUAUACUAACAAGAGAUUCAGUUCGAACAGCAUUACGCAGUGGCAUUACUGCUGCACAAAUAGUGAGAUUUCUUACUGUUCAUACACAUCCUCAAAUGCAGGAGUGUGGGAUGCCACAAACUGUAAUUGAUCAAAUUUAUCUGUGGGAAAAUGAAAGAAAUCGACUUACGUACACAGAUGGUGUGUUAUAUAGCAAUAUAAAUACACCUAAUGAUUAUGAAACAAUAAAAAACUAUGCUGCUGAUAUUGGGGCAUUGGUGUGGUGUGAUGAAAGAAGAAGGAACAUUGUUGUAAGCACUGAUGGGCACGAUGACGUAAGAAAGUUUUGGAAAAAACAACCAAAAUCUGAUCCAUUUUAA